CGAAUACGAGUGAGAGGGAUUUUCCAGUCACUUUACACAUUACACAUUCAAAACCUUCUGCCCCAUUUUUCUUGCACACUUUUCUUGCCACUCGCCGUGCCGUAAUGCUGUCUCAGUUUCCGGUCCGGAGGGCCGAGAAGACCGAGCCCGAAGAUGCAACCGGAAAGCGAUGCGGCUUCAGUUUCGUCAACUGCCGGCGCAAUGCCGAGCUCCUCGCCGGAGGCUACCAGCCGCCCAAGGCCGUCAAGACCGGCACCUCCAUUGUGGGCAUCAUCUACAAGGACGGCGUCAUCCUGGGAGCCGACACCCGGGCCACCGAGGGCCCCAUCGUCUCCGACAAGAACUGCUCCAAGAUCCAUCAUCUGCAGAAGCACAUUUACUGUUGCGGCGCCGGCACCGCCGCCGACACGGAGAUGAUGACCCUGAUGACAUCCGCGGAGCUGGACAUGCACCAGCUGAACACGGGCCGCACCGUGCCGGUGGUCUGCGCCAGCAUGCUGCUCCGGCGGACUCUGUUCCGGUACCAGGGCCACAUUGGAGCGGCCCUCGUCAUGGGCGGCGUGGACCGGAAGGGGCCACAGAUCUACUGCAUCUACCCGUGCGGCUCUAACGACAAGCUGCCGUAUGCGGCCAUGGGCUCCGGAACCCUGGCCGCCAUGUCCGUGCUGGAGCACAGCUGGCGGCCGGACAUCGACCUGGCCCAGGGCAAGCAGCUCGUCCGGGAGGCCAUAUCGGCCGGAGUGUUCAACGAUCUGGGCUCCGGGUCGAACAUCGACCUCUGCGUGGUGACCGCCAAGGGGGCGGAGUACCUGCGCACGGAUACGGUGGCCAGCGAGCGGGGCGAGCGGCUGGGGAAGUACGCCAUCAAGCCGAACUCCACCCUGGUCACCUCGACCUCCGUCCUCAGCCUGGAGAUCACCGAGGAGCGGACCUACGGCAUCGACUCGUCUCCCUCGAACCAAGCCUCCCUCGAGCUGCCGGAGGACAUCCAGCCGGGGCCCAGUGGCCAGCAGAGGCCGAAGGAGGAGAAGGAGGAGAAGGAUCCUCCUCCGGAGCAGCCCCAGCAGCGCUGAGUUUGCGUUUUUGAAUUGGAAAUUAUGAAAAUUAACCGUUUGCAUGCUAAUUUACCGCACAAAUGUCCUGGCGAUUCCCGGGGCACAGAUUCCGCUUCCGGAAUGUCCGAGUCCUGUUUCCCUGUCCCCUCCUGUUGUCCUGGGUGGGAAAGGAAUUUGCGGGAAUGCCUACAACUGCACUUGGAAUAAAACCCACCCAGAAAGUGUUAA